GCCGGCUGCGGAGUGCAGGAGGACGGGCUUGUGCCAUGUCACAGGGAGGCUGCUUGUUCACAGAGGAGGUGAAGAAGAGUGCGACAUGCUGUGGUCUCUGCUGCAGAAUGAGGAAAACACUUCAGGUGAAGAAGUCCUUUUACUUUGGAGCAACACCAGAAGACCUCACAAGCAACGUGGAUUAAUUCUCUGGAAGUGGCUUCAGUUAUGAGUGAUUGGGGAGAUCUGAGCGAUCCUGAUCCUCUCCAUGGAGUUACUCUUUCUCAGUAUCUUCUCACCCUGAGGAAGCACAUCAGACCCAGAGCCCAGCGGUGAUGCUGGCCAUGCAGCGCUACAACUCCUCGGGCAUCACUGCCACCGUUCCCCUCUGCAACCACACCCCCACGGUGCAGGAGCCCGAGGUGGAGGCCGUUGUGGCCCUCAACGCCACCCGCCCACCCAACAACCCCACAGCCGCCGGUCUCACCAUGACCCUGGGCAUCCUGUUCAACGUGGUGGCCCUCAUCAUUCUCGCCAAGGCCUACAACCGCUUCCGGCGGCGGUCGAAGGCCACGUUCCUGCUCUUCGCCAGCUCCCUGGUGGCUACAGAUCUGGCCGGACACGUCAUCCCUGGAGCUCUCGUACUCAGGAGAUACGUCUCCAGCUUUCGAGGCGAUCCCGCCAACCCGGAUGCGUCUUGUCUGUUCCUGGGCGGCUGCAUGGUGUUCUUCGGCCUGUGCCCUCUCUUCCUGGGCUGCGCCAUGGCGGCCGAGCGCUGCCUUGGCGUCACUAGGCCUUUGCUGCACGCUCGUCUGGUGACCACAGCACGGACUAAAGUGGCCCUGGCCCUGAUCUGGCUGCUGGCCCUAUGCGUGGCCCUUCUACCCUUCUUCAGCCUGGGUGCGUACACGUACCAGUACCCCUGGACGUGGUGCUUCAUCAGGGUGAUGGAGGGCACCGGAGCGACGGAUCUGGCCUUUGUGAUGCUGUUCUCUGGGCUGGCUCUGAGCUCGCUGGCGUCGGCCCUUGUGUGCAACACUAUCAGCGGGAUCACGCUGGUGAGAGCCCGGCUGAAGAAGAGAUCCUGCUCCCAGCGCUGCUCGGCCAGGUCCCACGACACGGAGAUGGUGGUGCAGCUGGUCGGCAUCAUGGUCACCUCCUGCAUCUGCUGGAGCCCUCUGCUGGUCUUCGGACUGAUGUCGGCCACGCAGUCCUACGGUGGCUUCCUGGACCGGGACAGAGACACUUACCGGGGUCUGAUGGUGACGGGCGUCCGGAUGGCGACCUGUAACCAGAUCCUGGACCCGUGGGUCUACAUCCUGCUGCGGCGCGCCGUCCUCAGGAAAAUCUACCGCAUCACCAAAAGACAGGCCAGUUUCAAAGGGAGCACCUUCCGCUCGGUCCGCUGGGACCUCGGCUCCUUCCAGAGCUCAGACAAAAGCAGCACCAAGAAGAAAGGGGACGUGUCCCCCAUCAGUUUUUAAGGGGUGCUGCUCUGUUUCU